GUUGAACAGACAGCCUUGAUACCUGCAGUACAUGUCUACCUGCGGUUCCGCGUCACUUUAUUUGCACAAGAAAUUGAGACAGAGGCUUCAUUAUUACUACCUAACUACACACCCCUUGCGAGGGCCAAAAGAUUUCUCUUAUUCGCUUCCUGUCCUCCCUGUCCUCCCUUCGCUGCAAUCUUUUACAACACAUCAUUGCCGCGUUCAAGCUGCCAUUCAAACCGCUCCCUGCGAUCAUGGCUGACUAUGAUCGACGUCCACGUCGAGGAGGUGGUUACAAUGGAGCCGCCGGCGGUCAAUUUCAAAAUCGCAAGAGGAGAUACAGAGAGGAUGACUUUGACGACAGACGCCCCCAGCGCCGUCGUUAUGAAGAACCUUUAGCAGUUUCUCUGCGCAAACAAGUUCUUUCCAUCGCGGAAAAUCCUAUUCGCAAAGCCGAAGAUGACGUUCAGGCGAUUGCCAAAAUCCUCUCCGAGAAUUACUUUGAUCACGACUUGGUCUCCGGAUUUGUCGAGCUCACCUCUCGCCUCCCACAAGAACAACCCCUCAAAACGCCCUUCAUUGCUGCGAUUGUCCUUCAUGCCAAUGCUCUCAAACCCGAGCUUACCAAUGAUGUUCUGGAAAAGUCGCUUAACAACUUGCAAACACAACUCAAUCUAGGCCUAUGGAGAGAAGUUAAAUUAUCAUUGAAAUUCCUGAGUUGCUUGCAAGGCAUGUUCGAAGGCGACGGAAUAUUUCCAAUACUGGAUGAGUUGUUUUCCAGAGCCGCAGACCUCCAGAUGAAGUCCUCCGAAGAUUCGCUUGGUCUGGAAUUGGUCAAGAUCAUCCUUAUGACGCUGCCGUACGCAAUGGCCUCAACGGCGGGUGGAUUCGAGGACCAAGCAAAUAGUCUUCUAGAGAAGACGGAUAUUAUCGCUUCCACCGCCCAUCCUCUCGAAACCGUUGUCGACCCCUUUCCCUCUCCAGAAUCAGGCGCCCCCACAAGCUCCGAAAGUGCUCUUGCAUUGCUUCAAAAACAUAUGCAGGAAGAAGCAAGGAACUCCUGGGAACUUUCGUGCUUGCCUCGACCUUGGAAGGGCGGGCGAUCUGCUGAAGCAGAAGAAGCUUUGAGCCAAGCUACAAAGCAUCCCUUUCCUCAUGUCACGGUCCCAGAGGUUGUUCAGACCGGGCCUCGCUCUAUCUUCCCAGAGAUAUAUCUCUCGGUAUACUCUGAGCAAGACAUUGAGACCGUCCCUUCAGCAUCGAACCCUGCAGCGAUACUGAUCCGUGAUGUGCUUAGUGACACUAUCAAUGUCCUAGAUUGCAACAGAAAUGUGGCCGCCAGGUUCUUAACCGAUAUUGACUGUUACUUUGCCCCAGGAACCUUUGUGAAGAGAGCGACCCCUUUUGACAAGCUUCGAGAUGUUGCAGGAGACAAGAAUACCUGGAAGCCAGAAGAUGUUGUCGUCGAUGCAACUUUCUCCCAGCUCAUGCAAUUGCCCGUUGCCGAACACAAACUUGUCUACUAUCACUCGGUCCUCACAGAAGCUUGCAAACUCGCGCCAGCUGCAGUUGCACCAAGCUUGGGAAGAGCGAUUCGAUAUCUUUAUCGCAACGUCGACAGAAUGGACCUCGAACUUUCGCAGCGGUUUCUCGACUGGUUUGCCCAUCAUCUGAGUAACUUUGGGUUUACUUGGAAAUGGACCGAAUGGGUCGACGAUGUCAGUCUAUCAAAUGUUCACCCAAAGAAAGCAUUCAUCAUAGAUGCUUUAGACAAGGAGAUUCGUUUGAGCUUCUCUAAACGCAUCAAGGGCACACUACCUGAACCGUAUCAGGGUCUGAUUUCCGAAGAGAAAGAGAAAGACGCUCCUGAUUUCAAGUUCGAUGACGAAACUACGCCAUUCGCAGCCCAGGGUAGGGAAAUUGCACAGUUGAUUCGAAAAAAGGCUGCAAAUGAUGAAUUUGCACCCAUUUUCGACGCCAUUGAGCAACUGGCAGUCGAGUCCGGCAUGGCGAACGCACAGCUGGCAUCAACAGACGCCUUUGUUACCUCGAUAUGCUGGGUUGGCUCAAAAUCGAUGUCUCAUGUCCUUGCAUGUAUCGAUCGAUCUAAAGAGCGCUUACUCCAUUUUGGCUCUCUCGGUUCCGAAGCCCGAAAGCAAAUCAUAACAUCUGUUAUGACCUAUUGGCAGUACCAAGAAGGAGUCGGCAUCAUCAUCCUCGACAAAUUGCUUAAUUACCAGAUUCUGACGCCCGAGAGCAUCAUAGAAUGGGCAUUGAUCGACAAGGUCAACAGAGGCACGUCGCUAGCGAAAGCUUGCACUUAUGAACUCGUCAAUAAGACCGUGCAGAAAGUCUGUUCUCGGGUGAGAAGUAUCGUGCAAGCCAUUAGACAGCACGGCCUAAGUGAAGACCAGAGGCAGGAGCUUCAACAGACACUCAACACGGAGAUGGAAAAUACAAAACAAUUGUUCAACACCAUCCAAGACGCGGUCUCAAGUAUCCGUGAUGGCCACCAGGAUGAAAUGAUCGAAAGCAGCGACGCUUUACGAGCCGAAGAUGAGGAGCUUCUCAAGGCGUGGGGCAGGAAAUGGGUUCGAGCUUUUGAACGAAAAUCAGCCGUGGAAGAAUCAUGGGUCAAAGAGGAGCUUGCGAAACCAAUCCCUGAGCCCACGCCAUUGCCGGAGCCAGUCACCAAGGAUGCGCCGAUGAAUGACGCAGAUCAGACGGCUCCAAAUGGCCAUGCGGUCAACGGCCAUAAUGAAUUGAGAGCAGAAGUGGUGGAUGACGGUGAUGGUAUCGAAUGAUCUCUGCGCUCGUUGGUUGGGUUUCACUGCGAUUCCUUUCAAUACAGCGUUCACUGCCAUCCUGAAUACAGAAAAGUGUAACAUGGUGCUGCGACUGGUCUCGCAGCGCUUCUCAUUCCAAAAUUGUGUGCCUGCUUCUAUGUCCUAUGUCUAUUGACUCCUAGAAACGCGCUUUACAUAAACAUUUGAUUAGAGAGAUUAGGCCCCCUUCCAUGUUUACGG